AUGAACCCACCGGAGGGCCAGCAGCCCCUCAGCGCUCGCGAUCUCUUGGACGCGGCAGCCACUUUCUGCGACAACAACCGGAGCCUCUUCCCGACCUCGCAGGCGCCAAAAGUCCCGCCCCACGGCGGCCACGGCCUGGGCGACUCGAGCACCGGCGGCGGCCCUUAUCUGUGGCUCAACGGUGCGCCCGUGGCGCACAGCCCCUACUUGGCCGCUCCCAACGGUGCGUCCGGCCCCUUCGUGCCCUCGGCGGCUUAUGGGACGGGCGCCAGGCAGCUGCUGGCCGCCCAGGCGGCGGCCCCCGAGCUCAGCUGGCUGUCCCUGGCCGGCCAGCAGGACUUCUUCAAGGUGGUGCGGCCGCCCUACUCGUACUCGGCGCUGAUCGCCAUGGCCAUCCAGAGCGCGCCGGCCAAGAGGCUCACCUUGAGCCAGAUUUAUCAGUACGUGGCCGGCAACUUCCCUUUCUACAAGAAGAGCAAAGCCGGCUGGCAGAACUCCAUCCGCCACAACCUCUCCCUCAACGACUGCUUCAAGAAGGUGCCGAGGCUGGAGGACGACCCAGGUAAAGGGAAUUAUUGGACCCUGGAUCCCAACUGUGAGAAGAUGUUUGAUAAUGGCAACUUCAGAAGGAAGAGGAAAAGACGAUCUGAUGCAGCUGGUGGGCCUGGCGCCAAUAACAAAAUGGAGGAGAAAAGUAACAGUUGUCUUGUUCAGCCAAGCCCUGAACCUCGCAGCUUGGGCUCUGGUGAGCUGCAGUGCUCUUUGGGAUCUAGGAAUGACUGCAAAUCCCACAGCCUGGACUCUAGCCAUUGUUUCUCCACAUUUGUCUCAACCAUGAACGUUGUGGCCCAUGGCCGGAAUGGUUUCCCCAGACAGCUUUCUGGUGGGCCAGUAUCCGAAUUCACAUCUGGGAGGCAGAAUGGGCCCAAUCUGAACUCCUGCUCUCCUUCAAAUGGCAACCCAGCUUCAGCAUUUGAACUCAGUUCCCAGUCCCACUCCAGGAUGAAUUACUAUGCAGGUGUUGGUGGGCAGUCGAGCUGGCUCAACAGUCCUGUCCUGAGUACCUUUAGUGUGAACAAUCUGAUUUAUAGCAGAGAAGGGACAGAAGUUUAA